ACCUUUUAUCUCAGCAAUUCACUCUGUUUUAAUCAGACAGUCUGUGAUUUAUAGGAUCCUACGAAAUACAUUUUACAUAGUGUUUUAUCUUUAUCAGAAUCAUGGCUGAUCAGCAGGACCGAGGUCUGUUUGGAAUGUUUGGAAAGAAGCAUGAGGAAGGAAGCCAUGGGCAGCCUGGUCCUUACACAGAGCAGGGAUAUGGUUAUGGUAAAACUGAGCUUCACCAUGCUAGCCCACAGGGCUAUACUUAUGAAGGAGCUCAGAAUCACCACGCUCCUCCAACUGCUACUUAUUGUGAAGAAACUACCUAUGGGAUUGCCAAGCCCCAUGAUAUACAUAGGGAAGAGAAGUCCCAUGGAUUGCUUGGAAAACUCCAUCACAAGCACAGUGAUUCCAGCUCCAGCUCUUCAAGUGAUGAGGAGGACAAAGAAGGAGGAGGGCGAAAGAAGAAGGGUCUUAAAGAGAAGAUCAAAGAAAAACUGCCUGGACAUCGUCGUAAUAAAAAUGAGGAAGGAGAAAAGUAUGCGAGUGAGGAAAAGAAACAUGGAUUAUUUGGGCAUUAAGUAAUUUGUUAUUAAAUAACUGGUCUUCAUGGGUACAAUGAUAAUGCUUAUAUCAUGUCUGCAUUUGCUGCCAAUGAACAGAAAUAAAGCUCUUAAGUAUUUCUUCUA